UCCGCGCCCGUUGGGUCCUUUCGGUCACUGUACGCUUGUCACGCCGCAGUUUCCAGCAUCUAUAGGUCAAAGCAGAAAUGAUCCGAUCAUUAAGUUUACUCAAAUACUCUGUAAACCUCUCACAGAGGGCUCAUGUCAGGCUCUUAUCAUCCAGCAGAGGGAUAAGGAACAGAAUUGUACCUGCCACAUUCAAUGGAGUUGAUACCAAUGGCAGACAGCAGCAGUGUCACAUCAGACCUGUUAGAAUCUGGAGCUCAAGUUUAACCGGUGCCAAUGUCACCCACCGCACCUACAGCACCCAACAAGCAGAACCUGCAGAAGAGGAGACGCUUCACAACAUCAUCAAUGACACAGAGAGCGUACAAGGAUCCUUUUCCAAACAUGAGUUUCAAGCAGAGACGAAGAAACUGCUGGAUAUUGUGGCCAGGUCACUGUACUCUGAGAAAGAGGUGUUUAUCAGAGAGCUCAUCUCCAAUGGCAGUGAUGCUCUGGAGAAACUGAGGCACAAGAUGAUGACAACAGGUGGAGACGCAGCAACGAUGGAGAUUCACCUGCAGACAGAUGCAGAUAAAGGAACUUUCACCAUUCAGGAUACAGGUAUUGGAAUGAGUCAAGAAGAGCUGGUUGCUAAUCUGGGUACCAUCGCCCGCUCUGGAUCAAAGGCGUUUCUGGAUGCCCUUCAGAAUCAAGCUGAGGCCAGCAGCUCUAUCAUUGGUCAGUUUGGUGUGGGCUUCUACUCCGCCUUUAUGGUGGCUGACAAGGUGGACGUUUAUUCUCGAUCUGCUGAACCAGAUGCUACUGGAUUCAAGUGGUCCUCAGAUGGUUCUGGAGUAUUUGAGGUCGCAGAAGCUUCAGGUGUCCGUCAGGGGACCAAGAUUGUGCUUCACCUGAAAGACGACUGUAAGGAGUUCUCAUCCGAGGACCGCGUGAAAGAUGUUGUGACUAAAUACAGCAACUUUGUCAGUUUUCCAAUCUUUCUAAAUGGACGAAGGCUGAACACUCUGCAGGCGCUCUGGAUGAUGGAGCCCAAAGACAUCAGCGAGUGGCAACAUGAAGAGUUUUAUCGGUACGUGGCUCAGGCUCAUGAUAAACCUCGAUACACGCUUCACUACCGUGCCGAUGCUCCGCUCAACAUCCGCAGCAUCUUCUACGUGCCUGAGAUGAAACCCUCGAUGUUUGAUGUGAGUCGUGAGAUGGGAUCCAGCGUGGCGCUCUACAGCCGGAAGGUUCUGAUCCAAACCAAAGCCACGGAUAUUCUUCCCAAAUGGCUGCGAUUCAUGAGAGGUGUCGUGGACAGUGAAGAUAUUCCCUUAAAUCUCAGUCGAGAGCUGCUGCAGGAAAGCGCCCUGAUCAGGAAACUGCGAGAUGUUUUACAGCAGCGUAUCAUUCGCUUCCUGUUGGACCAGAGCAAGAAAGAUCCAGAGAAAUACGCUCGUUUCUUUGAGGACUACGGUCUGUUUAUGCGCGAGGGCAUCGUGACCACGGCGGAGCAGAGCGUGAAGGAGGACAUCGGUAAGCUGCUGCGCUUUGAGUCAUCGGCUCUUCCUGCAGGACAGCAGACCAGUCUGAUGGAAUAUGCAUCACGCAUGAAGGCGGGAAGCAGGAAUAUUUAUUAUCUGUGCGCGCCGAACCGACACCUGGCCGAACACUCGCCGUACUUUGAGGCCAUGAAACAAAAAGACAUGGAGGUUCUGUUCUGCUUCGAGCAGUUUGAUGAGCUGACGCUGCUUCACCUCCGAGAGUUUGACAGAAAGAAACUCAUCUCAGCGGAGACGGACAUCGUGGUCGAUCAUUACAAAGAGGAGAAAUUUCAAGACAGCAAACCAGAGUCUGAGAGGUUAACCGAACAGCAGGCUGAUGAUCUGAUGGCCUGGAUGAGGAACUCACUCGGACAGAAAGUCACCAACAUCAAGGUGACCCCUCGUCUGGACACACACCCGGCCAUGAUCACAGUACUGGAGAUGGGCGCUGCGCGUCACUUCCUGCGCACACAACAACUCGCUCGCAGCUCAGAAGAGAGAGCGCAGAUACUACAGCCCACACUGGAGAUCAAUACUGGACACGACCUCAUCAAGAAACUCCAUGAUCUGAAGGACUCAAGCCCUGAUCUCGCACAGAUGCUUCUGGAUCAGAUCUAUGACAAUGCCAUGAUCACCGCUGGACUGAAUGAAGACCCCCGUCCGAUGAUUUCCAGAUUGAAUAAACUUCUCACACAAGCCUUGGAGAAACACUGAAGCCCACACUGCAUUUUACUGUGCUGGACUCUGUUUUACCAUCAUUGGAGCUGCGCACGGCUCUCCAUCACCACAUCACAGCCUAAACUCAAACUAAAGUUAUUUAUAAAGACUCUGAUAUCUGUAGUUUGGGUGGAGCCACAUUUUUCAUGCUGACAAAAUUCAGUUUUUGCCAUCUGUCUGUGAUGGAGGGCGAUGAAUACUGAAAGUAACUUGGAAGGAGGUUUUCUUUGAAUAGAAACAAUCAUCUGUAAAAUAGUAAAUUACUUUAAAGGUCA